UCUCCACAUUCUCUUCCUCCUUCUCCACAUCCUCCUCCUCCCUCUUCAAAUCAUCCUCCUCCUUCUCCACAUCGUCCUCCUCCUCCACAUCCUCCUCACUCUCCACAUCCUCUUCCUCCUUCACAUUCUCUUCCUCCUUCACAAUCUCUUCCUCCUUCUCCACAUUCUCUUCCUCCUUCACAAUCUCUUCCUCCUUCUCCACAUCCUCCUCCUCCUUCUCCACAUCCUCUUCCUCCUUCUCCACAUUCUCUUCCUCCUUCACAAUCUCUUCCUCCUUCUCCACAUUCUCUUCCUCCUUCACAAUCUCUUCCUCCUUCUCCACAUUGUCUUCCUCCUUCACAAUCUCUUCCUCCUUCUCCACAUGCUCCUCCUUCUCCACAUCCUCUUCCUCCUUCUCCACAUCCUCCUCCUCCUUCUCCACAUCCUCUUCCUCCUUCUCCUUUUCCACAUCCUCCUCCUCCUCCACAUCCUCCUCCUCCUUCUCCACAUCCUCUUCCUCCUUCUCCACAUUCUCUUCCUCCUUCACAAUCUCUUCCUCCUUCUCCUUCUCCACAUUGUCCUCCUCCUUCUCCACAUCCUCUUCCUCCUCCUCCACAUUCUCUUCCUCCUUCUCCACAUCCUCUUCCUCCUUCUCGACAUCCUCUUCCUCCUUCUCCACAUCCUCCUCCUCCUCCACAUUCUCUUCCUCCUUCUCCACAUCCUCUUCCUCCUUCUCGACAUCCUCUUCUUCCUUCUCCACAUUCUCCUCCUCUUUCUCGACAUCCUCUUCCUCCUUCUCCACAUGAGGCUGUUCUCCGGCGGAGAACAGUGAUUUCCCUGGCUUCCCGCUGCAGAAGAUUCCUCGUUUCGCGGAAAUACACAGUCGACACGUUUGCAGCAGGACUGGGAACCCUGUGGGAGAUCACAAAGUUCCAGAGUCAUUGA